UGUAGGAGUCGUGUGCUCAGGUAAACAUGCUGUUAUAUAGUUAUAUAUUUUUUUUUUUCAUUAAAAUUUAAAUGUAUGUAAAGUGUUUAGAAAUAACUUUGCAACACAUUCACAACAUAUCCACAAAGCCCAGAUUUUUCAUUAUUACUAUUUUAAAAUGCCAUUUUCUGUUCAUUUCCAUCUAGAGUUUAAAGAGAUCAGGUUAACUGAGGGCUGUGAAGGGAAUGUGGAGGUUUUCUACAAUGGAUCCUGGGGUAAUGUGUGCUGGAACCAGAUGGAAAGAGACACAGCGAGUCUGAUCUGUCAAGAGCUGAACUGUGGAAGAUCUGGUGAUUUGUCUGAUUCAGUAUCAAGAGUGGAAUCAGCUCCUAACUGGCUGGAUAAAGUUACAUGUCGCCCACAUGAUUCAAAUCUGUGGCAAUGUCCAUCUUCAUCCUGGGGACAGAAUGACUGUAAUAAGGAUGAAGUGGCCAAAAUCACCUGCUCAAAUGAGGAGAAUCAAGAGUCUCCUCGGAGUCAUCUGACAUGUUUUGUCUUUCCAUCUCCUCAACAGAAUCAGUGUUCAAAUCAUGUUCCUCUCAGACUGAGUGGAGAUAAGGGCCGGUGCUCUGGGAGGCUGGAG